AUGACAGAAUCGCACAAAGAUAAAUUUACGUAUUCGCUAAUUGACUAAGUCAAAGUUUAAUAAUAUUGUGCAACAAUUGCAAUAUCAAAAGAAAAUUCUUAGAUUUAAGCGUCAUGUUGGAACAUGAUUAAAGUAUUUUAAUUCAAAAAAGAGAAUAUGAAAUAAGUCAAUUUGAUUAAUGGACACAAUAAGAGAAUUACUUUUUUAGAAUUUUAUAAGACUUACACAGUGUCUUCUGAUUUUUAAGGAUCCUUAAAAUUUUGGCCAAUUAAUCGGAUUUAUUCAUAGAAGUUUAUAUGGAAAAUCUAAGCUCAUGAAUUAGUCAUCCUGGGCUUAGCUAUAAAUAGUGAAUAAAAUUGCAUAAUUUCUUCUAGUUAAGAUUAGAAAAUUAAAUUUUGGACAGAGAAAAAUGGAUGGUAAUGUAGUUAAACAAUAACUGAUCAUGAUGAUACUAUUUAUAAUCUAAGUCUUAGUGAAAAAGGGGAUAAACUAAUCUCUUGUAGUAAGGAUAAGUAAAUCUUUGUUAUAGAAUUACAAAGAAAUAAGAAUAUAAAAUAAUGGAAUAUCGUUCAAAAAAUCGAUGUUUAAAAAGAAGGAUAUAGGUUAUGUUUUAUUAGCGAUAAUUUAUUCACAUUUUAAUAAUGGGGUGAAAAUUUUAUGGAUAUUUAUGAAUUGGAUAGUACAAAUAAGUUUGUAAAAACUAAAAGCACAGUUAUUUAAGGAGGAAUACGUUGCGAUUGUUUAUUUCCAUAAUAAUAUAUAAAAUAAAAAAACUUGCUUGUUAAUAAGAAUUCCUAAAGUAUAAACUUAAUUAGAAAGUAAGAAAAUAAUGAAUUCAUAACAGAGAUGUCUAUUGAUUUAUCAACAGAUGAAAAUAUUUAUGGCUAAAUGAGUUAAGACGGUCAAUACUUAAUUACAUGGGAUUAAGAGUCAUCAUUCCUUUAAAUACGUAAAUACAUGAAUAUUACUUGA